AUGGCCGCCUCCAGCAUGGCUUCGGCAGCCGCCGGCUUCGCCCUCACCCCCGCCAUCUCCCCCAACGCCGCCGGCAACCCCCGCGCAGUCUCCGUCUUUUUCCCCAGGACCACAGCCAGGAGGAGCCUCGUCGUCCGCGCUGAGGAGGCCUCCGCGCCGCCGCCCGCCGCCCCCGCUGCCACGGAGGAGGGCAAGCCCACCGCCGAUCCCCCCAAGCCCCCCCCUCGUGGACCCAAGAAGGGCACCAAGGUAACCUCUCUCUCUCUUUCUCCCUAUCUAUCUACCUAUCUAUCUCUAUCUCACUCUGGGAUCUGACCCCAUUCCACUCUUUUUGCUGUGUCAGGUGAAGAUCCUCAGGAGGGAGUCCUACUGGUUCAACGAUGUUGGCUCUGUGGUCGCCGUUGAUCAGGUGGGUCAUCUCUCCGUCUCUGUCUCUCUGUCCGUGUUCUAUGUAUCUAUCUAUCUAGCCUGUGAACUGAAAGAAGGUUGGCCGUGGUGCAUUCUUGCGGCUGCAGGACCCGCAGACUCGCUACCCGGUGGUGGUCCGGUUCAGCAGGGUCAACUACGCCAACGUGUCCACCAACAACUACGCGUUGGAUGAGGUGAAGGAGGUGAAUUGA